AUGGCGGAGAAGGCACUGGAGGCCGUGGGCUGUGGACUGGGGCCUGGGGCUGUGGCCAUGGCUGUGGCGCUGGAGGACGGGACAGAGCCCCCCGUGCUGCCCACGCAUCUAAAGAAGGUGGAGAACCACAUUACAGAAGCACAACGUUUCUCUCACCUGCCCAAGCGCUCUGCUGUGGACAUCGAGUUUGUGGAACUGUCCUAUUCCGUGCGGGAGGGGUCCUGCUGGCGCAAACGGGGUUACAAGACCCUCCUCAAGUGCCUGUCUGGUAAGUUCUGCCGCCGAGAGUUGAUUGGCAUCAUGGGCCCCUCCGGGGCUGGCAAGUCCACGCUCAUGAACAUCUUGGCAGGGUAUAGGGAGUCGGGGAUGAAGGGGCAGAUCCUGGUUAAUGGGAAGCCACGAGAUCUGAGGACCUUCCGCAAGAUGUCCUGUUACAUCAUGCAAGACGACAUGCUUCUGCCACACCUCACGGUGCUGGAGGCUAUGAUGGUCUCGGCCAACCUGAAGCUGAGUGAGAAGCAAGAAGUGAAGAAGGAACUGGUGACAGAGAUCCUGACAGCCCUGGGCCUGAUGUCCUGCUCUCACACGAGGACAGCCCUGCUCUCUGGAGGGCAGAGGAAGCGCCUGGCCAUCGCCCUGGAACUGGUCAACAACCCACCUGUCAUGUUCUUCGAUGAGCCUACCAGCGGUCUAGACAGCGCUUCUUGUUUCCAAGUGGUGUCCCUCAUGAAGUCCCUGGCCCAUGGGGGGCGAACUGUCAUCUGCACCAUCCACCAACCCAGUGCCAAGCUCUUUGAAAUGUUUGACAAGCUCUACAUCCUGAGCCAGGGACAAUGUAUCUUCAAGGGUGUGGUUACCAACCUGAUUCCCUAUCUGAAGGGGCUUGGCUUGCACUGUCCCACCUACCACAACCCCGCUGACUUUAUCAUUGAGGUGGCCUCUGGCGAGUACGGAGACCUGAACCCCAUGCUGUUCAGGGCUGUGCAGAAUGGCCUUUGCACCAUGGCCGAGAAGAAGAGCAGCCCCGAGAAGAAUGAGGUCGCUGCCCACUGCCCCACUUGUCCUCCGGAAGUGGAGACUAUCGAAAGCCACACUUUUGCCACCAGCACCCUCACCCAGUUCUGCAUCCUCUUCAGGAGGACUUUCUUAUCCAUCCUCAGGGACACGGUCCUGACCCACUUGCGGUUUAUGUCACACGUGUUGAUCGGCGUGCUCAUUGGCCUCCUCUACCUGCACAUCGGCGAUGACGCCAGCAAGGUGUUCAACAACACCGGCUUCCUCUUCUUCUCCAUGCUUUUCCUCAUGUUCGCGGCCCUCAUGCCGACGGUGCUCACCUUUCCCUUAGAGAUGGCGGUCUUCAUGCGGGAACACUUGAACUACUGGUACAGUCUCAAAGCGUAUUACCUGGCCAAGACAAUGGCUGAUGUGCCCUUUCAGGUGGUGUGCCCCGUGGUGUACUGCAGCAUCGUGUACUGGAUGACAGGCCAGCCAGCUGAGACCAGCCGCUUUCUGCUCUUCUCUGCCUUGGCCAUAGCCACUGCCUUAGUAGCCCAGUCCUUGGGACUGCUGAUUGGCGCCGCCUCCAACUCCCUCCAGGUGGCCACCUUUGUAGGCCCGGUCACUGCCAUCCCCGUCCUCCUGUUCUCCGGCUUCUUUGUCAGCUUCAAGACCAUCCCCACUUACCUGCAGUGGAGUUCCUACCUCUCCUACGUCAGGUAUGGCUUUGAGGGUCUGAUCCUGACCAUCUAUGGCAUGGAGCGAGGACAUCUGACCUGCUUAGAUGAACAGUGCCCAUUCCGGGAUCCACAGAUCAUCUUGCGAGAGCUGGAUGUGGAGGAUGCUAAACUCUACAUGGACUUCCUGGUUUUGGGCGUCUUCUUCCUUGCCCUGCGACUGCUGGCGUACCUUGUGCUCCGGUACCGGGUCAAGUCUGAGAGAUAGAAUCUCGCUCCCACCUCUUCUGGGCAGGAAGCCCCCAGCUCCAGCCCCUUGGGACUGUUUUAAACUUGUAGACUUGGGCAUUGGUUGCUGGUGCAACCGCCCUCCUCUCCCUCAACUGCUCCACAGUCUGGCUGUGGGUCCCCAGGCUCCCAGCCUCAGCCCUGGAAGUAGGGCUCCAGCCCUCCCCAUUAAGCCCAGGAGUCUUCCCAAGUUGAUGCAGUUUGUAGCUUCCUCUCUCCUCUCUCCAACACCUGCAUGCAAAGACCACUGGGAGGUUGCCACCCUCCCCUCUGCCCAAAGCACCCUUCUGUGCUGUUUGCCUGGGAGCCCCAUGUUCUCUAGGCCUUGACUUACAAGUGAUCAAAGUGACCCCUUCUGGGGGUCCCCACCACACUAGUGUUUGUAAACUGGGCUGCUGUAAGGUUGGAGUUCCAGGGCUGGGCCCUGGUGGGUACCCAGGGAGUCCCAGCAUGGACACUGGAUGGAGCAAGGAGGGACUCUGGAAGUCUCUCCUCCUCCUCCCCCUUCCUCCCCACACCCACUUUGGCUAAUUUGGACAAUCUGUUGGGACAGAAGCCGGGUUUUCUGUCUGGGUCACCACUCCCAAUCCUGGAGAUUGGAGAGACCACUGGACGUCCCACUCCCUUCCCUAACCCUUCAGUCAGGGUAGAUCUCAGUGGCACCUCUGCAAUAAUGUCUGUGCCACUUGCCCACCUGCCACUGGAACUGGAGAAUGCACUUUAUUCCGGGGGGUGAGCCGGGGAAGCCUCGAUCGUCCCUUCUUGCUGCUCCUGAGGCUUGGUUCUACAGGUCCUUUCCUCUCCGGAGUCACAGGCACGCAAAUGCAAUCAGGCAAUCUCAGCCCUACACACGGCACCAUCCCUUAUGGCGUGGAGGAAGAGCGAUGGUGGCAGGGAGCCAAUGGUGCCCGCGGGGGGGAUGGUGGCAACCUCUUCCUGAGAACCUCAUUUUGGAGGCUAAGAAUGAGGCUGGUGUGAUUCGGUGUGGCUCUGGGCUCUGCCGGUGUCUUUCUCCCAGUCUUCCCUCCGUCUCGAGCCAGGGGUGGCACUGGGUGCUUGCCUCCUGGAGAUCAGGACUCGACAAGCACAAGAAUGGGCAUAGCUGGCUCCAGCCAUGGCUCCCCCACGGCCAUCCUUCUGUGCUCCAGCCUGACACUUGCUCUUCUGCCCCUUCGCCAGCUGCCUGCUGCUCACGCAAACUUCUGUUCGCUGAUCUCCAUCUUCCAGUCAGCAGCUGGUUCCUGGACAUCAGAGCAGCGGGGCCUGGACGCCGAGGUGGCAGAUACAUCUGGAGCUUGUCUGUUUCCUUGGCGGGUCUAGGCUCAUCCUACAUCUGAUUUCGCCUCCCCCAGGACUCUUUCCCCAGUCCCUGCGCUCACACCUCUGUACUCGUCCCAGGUUCUUCUCAUUAUACAGAUGCCAGUUGUAUUUGUGGGAUUUCACUCAUUAUUAAUAAAACCUAUAUUUAUACAGGA